AUGGGAAAUGUUAAUCAGAAACCCCAACCAAAUUCGCAAACCCUUCAACAAAUUGAAGAAGAAGAAUCAGCAUCAUCGACAUUCACCUGCGAGAUUUGCAUAGAACCCAGAUUGUUCGGCUUUGGUUAUCAACGAGUGUGGUGGCGAAGGUGCGAGGAGAGCGGUGAAAUGAGGGAUCGAAACGACAUCGCUUUUGGUAUUCUUUCCGAGAGGAAUCAAUGGAUGAGGUGCCCUAUGUGCAGACACUGUGUUGAACUUGUCAAAGGUUGUGCCAUUGUUAAAUGCAGAUGUGGAAUUGAAUUUUGUUACAAGUGUGGAAAAAAGGUGGAUCACCAUUGGUGCAAUUGUCGAAGAUCAUCUACAUUUUGCAUGUGGAUUUUUCACUUGUGCAUAGUGAUUUUGGUUCUAUGGCCAUUUUUUCUUCUAUUUACAGCUAUAACAAGAAAAGGCCACCAUUGAUUUGACUCAUAGAAGAAGAUGAUAUUAUAUCAUAGAGGUCUUUUUAAUGAUUUUCAUAUUAUAUCAUGCGAGAGAAUGUAAAUAAAAAAUUGCUAAAUACAAGCUUUGGUUAUCAUAUUAGAAUAAGUCUUGAAGCCCUCUUUCUCUCUAUGUAAAGAGUGAUAUUAUAUAUUACUUGUGAUGGAUUUAUAUAAUCCAAAAUUACUAUAUUUACCAUCUUUUUGUUGUUC